AUGAGCAAUUCCAAGGGAGUCGCCGAGAACAUGCUCUGGGGAGGCCGGUUCACCCAGGGUCUUGAUCCCCUGAUGGUGCAAUACAACCAAUCCCUACCCUACGAUCGCAUCAUGUGGAAGCAAGACAUCGCCGGCUCGAUCGCCUUUGCCCGUGCCAACAUGAAGACCGGUAUUCUGACCCAACAAGAAUUCGCCGCCAUCGAGCGUGGCUUCCAGCAGAUUGCGGAAGAGUGGCGCACCAACACUUUCGAAGCCAAGGAGAACGACGAAGACAUCCACACCGCCAACGAGCGCCGACUCAGCGAGAUCAUCGGCAAGGAGAUUGGCGGAAAGCUCCACACUGGCCGCUCGCGAAACGAGCAAGUCGCAACCGACAUGCGACUUUGGCUCCGUGACGAGCUGCGAAAGCUGGACGCGCAGCUCUCCGAUCUGAUCAAGGUCUCCAUCGCGCGGGCCGAGAAGGAGAUUGAUAUCAUCAUGCCCGGCUAUACCCACUUGCAGAAGGCUCAGCCCGUCCGUUGGUCCCACUGGAUGUUGUCGCACGCGACUGCCUUUGCCAGUGAGUUGCAGCGCCUGCGCGAGGUGAUCCGCCGUGUCAAUCGCAGCCCGCUCGGGUGUGGCGCGUUAGCCGGGAAUCCCUUCCAGAUUGACCGCGAGGCCAUGGCCAAGGAGCUUGGCUUCGACGACUUGUUGUACAACUCCAUGAACUCCGUCGGUGAUCGUGACUUCGCCAUGGAGACGAUGCAGUGGGGUAGCUCGUUUAUGCUCAAGAUCUCUCGCUGGGCCGAGGACUUGAUCAUCUACAGCAGUCUCGAGUUUGGGUUUGUCCGUCUCUCCGACGCCUACUCCACCGGCUCGUCAUUGAUGCCGCAGAAGAAGAACGCGGACAGCCUGGAGCUGCUCCGAGGAAAGUCGGGUCGGGCCUUCGGUCAAAUGGCCGGUCUGAUGAUGACCAUCAAGGGCUUGCCCACCACCUACAACAAGGACUUGCAGGAGAGUAUUGAGCCUCUGCUCGACCACAUCAAGACCGUCAGCGACAGCAUUCUGAUCGCCACCGGUGUUCUUUCCACCUUGACGGCCAUCCCGGAGAAGAUGACCGCCGCUCUGGCUCCCGAGAUGCUGGCCACCGAAAUUGCGGAUUACUUGGUCCGCAAGGGUGUGCCUUUCCGCGAGGGCCACCACAUCUCCGGCCGCGUCGUGCAGCUGGCAGAGCAACACGGCGUCCCCAUGGACACGUUAUCGCUCGAGCAGUUGAAGACGGUGGAUGCUCGCUUCGACGAGGACGUUCAAGCCUGCCUCGACUAUGAGCGAGCAGUUGAGCUGAAGGACGCCAUCGGUGGUACCAGCAAACGUGCCGUUUUGGAGCAAACGGCCGUGUUGAAGAAACUCUUGUAA